GUCGGACUUCCUUUCUACUGUCGGUACAGUUCUGUGCCUAUUAUGGUUCAAUGCAAAUGGUUUUGUUCAUGUUGUUAGUGGAAAAGCAAAAUGUAUAAAUAUUAGAUCUGAUUUUGUGAAUGACAUAUUAAAUUGAUUAUUUCUGUUUGAAGUGUUAGUGUUUCAUCAACAAGAUGUCGUGGGCCAAUGAACUUCCAUCAGAAUUGUUAUGUCGUCCUACAGGCCUAGUGGUCUUAACUGGUUUGGAUAUAACAUAUAAUGCUAUUCAUAAAUCUAUCUGGGAUUCAUUCUGUAACAAUCGUCGUUCUGAUCGAGUUCCUCUCAAAUUCAAUGUAAUGGAAGCAGAUCAUGUCUAUCCUAAAAGUAAAUCUAAAAGAACAUCCUAUCAGUGGUAUAUACCUAAAGGUAUUUUAAAGAGAAGUUGGAUGAAAAAACAUUUAAAUGAAGUACCUGCUGUUGUUGUGGUGUUUUUUGAUCUUGACUGGGAUGAAAACCUGUGGAAAGAGAAACAGAUGGAAUGUGCUACUAGAGUUGAAAUAGUCAGGAAUAGUUUACAGGGUCAAGGAACAAAAGUAUCAGUUGUGUUAAUACAGAAGAAUACUCCUCUACCACCAGGUGAAGAUUUGAUAGCAUCAGAAAGAGCAGCAUCUUUAUGUAGUAUGUGUGAUAUAUCAGCUAAAUCCCUGUAUGUUCUACCGCAUACUGAUCAUCUUAUAGGUUAUACUAUCAGAUUGGAGAAUGCUUUCUAUGAACAAUCACAGAGUUAUUAUCAUACUGAAGCCAGGAAAGUUAAAUCACAUAAAGAUUUCUUAAAUAAAACAACACAUCAGUUGUUGUAUGUGAGACAUCAGUUUAAGAUAGCUUUCUUUAAUGAACUAAAACAAGACACACACACAUCUCUCAAACAUUAUAAACAGGCAUAUGGUUAUAUGUUAGAUUUAAGAAUGUACGAUACCAAUAUGUUAGAGAUUAAAACUAUGGCUGGAUUUCUUAAUUACAAGUUAUGUCGGUUAUCAUUUCAACAUAAUACACCCUUAGAUGCCAUCGCUCAGUUUCGUAAACAUAUUGAUUUCUUUAAAUCUAGAACAGGUACACCAGAAUUAGCGUUUGAAAACAGUGCUUGGAUGUCUAAACAGUUUCAGGUAUUUGGUGAUUUAUUUGAUGAAGCUAUAAAAUUAGGAUUAACAGCUUUACAGACACAACAUCCUGGUUUUUAUUAUCAGCAAGCAGCUAAUCAUUCUAUAACUAGAAAACAACUAUGUCAAGCUUUAUGUACUCACACAGGAGAUCUUCCACAGAAUACAGUUUUGGAUGGUCUAGAUAAUCUAGAAUAUUUUGGUCAGAGACCUUGGCGACAGGGUCAUCAGAGUAUUGAUCCACCAGAUGCCCAGAAAGAGAGAGAUGGUAUUAUAGCUUUACAGAUACGAGAAAAACAAGAAGAUCAUUGUUGGAUCAUUAUACCAUUAUUAAGUAGCGCUGUAGCUCAGUUUAAAAAAUAUAAAUCACCCAGAAUGAAAAGACAUUUAAUGGUCCAAAUGGGAGAAGAAUAUUUCCAUGCUAAAGAUUAUGGAAAAGCUUUAAUGUUAUUAAAUAAAGUUAUGUGGGAUUAUAGAACUGAAAGAUGGUCACCUAUAUUAACAUCUAUAUUAAACCUAUCAUUAAAGUGUGCUUAUCUAACAGCUAGAAUACAAGACUAUAUAUCCACCUGUAUGGAACUAAUUGGUCAAUACUCACAAUGUUCUAUAGAAGAUAAGUCUAGAAUAGAGAAAAAUAUAUUUAAAGUUAUGUCAAAUGAGUUGCCUGAUCCUGAACCAGGUUUAGAACAGACGGCAGUAGAGUCUGCUAAAACACAAUGGUUGACGGCUAAAUCUUCACCUAAUUUAUUCACCAUAGAGAUGUCAACAUUAGUUUCAUUCAUUGAAUGUAAGGCAAGAUUUAUUGGUGAUACUACAUCAGCAGAUUCUAAAGUCAAGUUAGAAGUUUGUCUUCGUGUAAGCUGCCCUCAGCCAAUUAGGUUUUCAAAAUUAUCAGUAUUAUUUAAUAACCAGAUCCAUAAUAGUAAAUGUGAGAUGUCAGAUGGUAGAGGUAUAACUGCAGCAUCAUCUCCACUCGAAGCAGACGGUGCUGAUCUCUAUUUGUUACCAGGGAAACCAAGAACUUACAGUUUCUCUUUUCUACCGUCUGCUGAAGAUGUUGGACGACAGAUUGAGAUAUCAUCUGUAGCAUUAGAGUUGGGUAAUAGUGAUAAUGGUUGUUGUGCUGUAUUAAGAUGGGUUGGUACAGGAGCUGAUGCUAGUGGUUCAACAUCUAAUACAAUGUUUAAACAACCCAUUACACCAUUCUCUGUAACACCAGCUAAAACUACAGAUAUAGAAAAAUGGUUACAAUUUAAAACUAAUCCUGUCAUUAAGGUUGUAUCAAGAAAAGCUAAAUUAGAUAUGACAUUGAUACAUCAAGCACCAAGUCUAUUAAAUGAAUUUUAUCAAGUACAGAUAGUUAUACAGAAUAAAGAAGAUAGCAAGAUUACUGAUGUCAGUUUAUAUAUAGCAUUACAGAAUGAAGAAGAAUAUCCACAAGAUCCUGGAGCUCACAUCAGUAUAGAUAAAGCAAGUUUUAAUGGUAAAAUGCAAGUCAAUGAAGAACUAGUUUUACCAGAUUUAGAACCUGGUCAGAAAUUGGAAAAGUGUUUCUUUAUGAAAUGUUUUCAACCUGGUGCAAGAUCCAUUUUAACAAAGGUGAAAUAUACUGUAUCAGUAACAGUUGGUAUACAGAGUUUAACAUGUUUUAUUGUUAUUAUUUAG